CCACAGAGUGGAUUAUCGACGGGGCGGGCGAAAAUUGGAACGGCCGCGGACCGUGAUCGUGAGAAGUUUGAUGUUUCGUGCGGUGGACCACCGAUAUACCGUCGGGUCAUGGCGUAUGUUAAUGUGGCCGAGUGGAAAACGGAUCAAGUGUGCGAAUGGCUGAAAGGUUUAGAUAAUUCCAUACUUCCCUAUGUCCAUAGUUUUAUGAAUCAUAGUGUUAAUGGACAACAAUUGUUGAGUUUACGGCCUGAGGAUCUGGAGCAUUUGGGUGUGCUGAAACUUGGACAUCAAGAAAUCAUUCUCGAGGCUGUCGAGUAUCUGAGGAAUUUUCAUUAUGAGUUGGACAGGGAGAAUCUGCAGUUACUGGCACUGCGACUGUCAUGCCAGGCACACAGCCUGCACAAUGAGCUAUCACGUCAGACCGAUUCAAAACCCGUUACCACUCAAACACUGUCAGACGUAGCGUCGGUUGUGAUGGCGGUCAAGCCUCUAGUGAGAUGGCUGGAUCGUCCUCCAUUCAGUGGGCAAUUAGACUAUAAUGACAAGAAGGCUGAAUUGAUGAAACUGUCUUUAGAAAUGGCUACGUGUGCACAAAGAGACAGAUUUGCCGAGAGGCCGAUUGAAAAAAUUAGAACGACUUGCGGCCAACUGGCAAAAUUGGCUGAUUACAUUAUUCAGGAUAUCGCUGAUCCUAUGAUCCUGCAACCCGCCAGUUUAGAUCUGGCGACAUUAAAAAAGAAAUCUGGCGACGAUUUAGGAUUUUAUAUUUUGCCAUCUUUUCACGGGGCACAUCAGAUAGCCGAAAUUAAAUUUGGUUCCGCCGCACAUCAGUGCGGCAAGAUGGAAGAAGGUGACGAGAUAGUGCAGGUUAAUUAUCAAACGGUAGUUGGUUGGGAGAGGAAGAACCUGCUUGAAUUAUUUCGUGAAAGCCCAGCGGAAAUCCUCUUGACUCUAAAACGUAGGCCGAGGCAUACUAAAGUUUACGGGCAGAUUUACAUAAAACCGUAUAGGCUUCCAAGUAACAAAAAAACCUCCUACACAACACGAUGGCAACAUAAUCUUCCAUCCCCUAGACCAGAAUUAUUAACAAUACCCGACUUUACAAUGCCGUUACCUAGACACAUGCCAAAGAAUCCGAGUCCAGAACCGGCAAGUAUUUUAGAUACAGUUAACAUGCUGGACACGAUGGCUACGGACAGUAGCGAUUCGGACAGCGAAGUGGAGCCGCCUCUCUCCAUCCGGCUGUACUCGACGAAACCGAGAAACCUCGUCCAGAGGCGAGCUACGAUAACAGGUGCCAGUCCUACGACCAAACACGGUAUCGAUAUCGAACAGUUUUGGAAAGAGCUGAAGCAGGAGCACAGCACGAGUUUCCAGUUACGCGACAAAGCGGCGUCCUGCGCUCAUGGCCUUGAUAAUGUACCGUCAUCGAACGUCAUACGGCCGCAAACGUGCUUAGGCUUAGAAUCGGCGAAACGGAGGAAAAAGACUGACGGACAGGUGGAUGAUAAGAAGGUGCAGUUUCAAGAGAAGUUGACUGACGCUGACGGUACGCAUCCGGACGAUGCGAAAAGGGCAGUUCAGAACACCAAGGAGAAAAGUACUCCUACUUCCUCGCAAAGCUGCGACGACGGCGCAAGCGUCACCAGUAAAGACACCAAUAAAGAGCAUUCGUCAGUUGCAGACAAUGUUAGCGAUAGCAAUAAUUUAAGUGAUACAACCGUGCCUUUGGACGAAUGUAAUAAUUUCAUUAGUGAUACGCAUAGCAUUAGUAAAAGCGCGCCGGCGAGCAGGGAAACCGGCGUACGGUACGUGAAGGAACGCGGGAAAUUGGAUAAAAGCUACAGCACUCCUGCGUACGACCUAUCGGACACCGAGGACAAGGAGGAAACUAGGAGGCUAGCGCCUUUGGAAAGCCUAUUUUGUAAAUUAGACUUAUCGAUUCAUUGUUCGAACAGUGUACCAAGUAGUAACUUAACAAAGACUGAUGAUCAUAGAAAAUUGAGGGACGCGAGUAAGGAACACAAGGAACCACCAGUCAGAAAAUGUGACGGUAACGUCGCCCGAAAGAUCAGCGACAUCGAGAAGCAGAUCGCGCACGAGAACGCGGAGGAGCAAGUAUGUGUCUUUGGAGUGCCUAAGGAGUUAGACUCGCGUAAGAAUCCCGCACGUCCUGCGAUGAAUGAGGCGAGUCCUAGAAAUAGCGUAGACGAGAGAAACCAAAGUAAUAUCGAAUGUAAUUUAUCGGAUGUAAAUACGUGCGAGAAAAAGCACGCUGCGAGCGAGUCGAGUACUGAACGUGCGAGUGUCACGCGCGAAAUCGCUUGUCCGAGAGAUCUGGCGUCUGAGCGUCACGAGGAAGCCGAUUGCAGCAGUGCGGAGAGGCUAAACUGCGAAAGAGCGUGCAGCAAUAGUGGCAGCAGCAACGACGGCGACGAAGCGUUGCAAAAAUUCGGCAAGAUCUUGCAAACGGUCGACUGUGCUUUGACUCAGCAUGCGAAAUUACUCGAGAAGAAGUCUUCCAUGAUGCUGUCGAGGGAGGACUCCAUCGACAUGAGAAUAUCGCCAAACAACGCUAACUCCAUCGAAGACGAUCUGCCGAAUGUUAUCUAUAGUGUCUCGAAGAUGCAGAAUAGCACGAAGCCGCAAACUAAAGAGAUGAAAUCGGCGGAUUCGUCUUUGGCACAAGCCACGGUGCAGUCUUGCCGUUACAUAGAGUUACCAAAGAUCGAGUCUGUUAGGAAGCUUGAGAAUAAAGCUCACAUGGCACCUCCAGAACCGCCGCCCCGUAAGUAUUACACGAAGCAAACAGCGACCGAUUUGAAAUUGAACAAUGCUGCGAAAAUGUCGGAGGAUUUGGAAAAGCCCCAGGUCCCGGAGAGGCCCGGCGUAAGACGAGAAUUGAAAAAGGUAGAUUUAAAUUUGUCCGCAAAUCACGUUAGAAGCAGUUCAGACUCUCACGACAGGAAAGAAUCCUCCGACAUGUGUAUGCUCAAUUAUUCGGAGAAUUCAAUGGAUUUUAUAGACGAGCCACGAACUGUAACUCUAAACGAACAGAAGUUCACUCAGUCCGAUGCUUCGUUAUACAAUGAAAGUAUCGACAAACAAUCGAGAGAAGAGAAAUAUCCUUUCGAAAAAUACGAGCCGUUUGUCGAAAAAUUCGCCUGCUCGAGUCAGUCUAUAGCGGACUGCUAUAAAUCUGAUCACUCCGCUCGCAACAUCGAGUGUCCCGACGGUGUGGCAUAUUCGAAGCAAGUGGCAUCCUCGGAUCCAAGAUCGAAGUUACUGGAAAAGGACAAGAGCUUCGAGAAGAGUGUUGUAAAUAGGGCUAUGAUGGUAGCUAGAAGUAUUGGCUUACACGGUAGCAAGUCUAAUAGCAGCCCGAGAAGCAGUAGAAAACGUAAUAUGUUGUUGGCAAGGAGGAGAAACGUAUCCGUGAAAGAUGUUGGUGCUGGUGACAUAGAAGGAUGGCUAACAUAUCGUAGCAGAGGAGCAGGUGGCGCGUGGGCGAGAGCCUGGUUUGUGUUGAAGUGUUCAUCAUUGUACAGAUUUCGGACGCAGGACGGUACAAAAGCUGACUGCCUGAUCGUGUUGACGGGUUUCACCGUGUCGCCAGCUGCCGAAGUGAAAUCAAGGAAGUAUGCGUUCAAGGUGUACCAUACGGGCACGGUGUUCUAUUUUGCCGCCGAUACCGAGGAUUGCUUAAUCCUAUGGCUGGACGCUGUCAGUAAAGGUACCUUGGGUGCGGAUACUCACAACCAGAAUGUCGGGCUUUACAGCGAAACUGACGAGAGUGACAGCGAGAGCCACAAGAGCAAGAUAAAAUACACGAGCACGCCAGAAUCUAAGCCGAGUCUGGAGAAAUCGUUCGGUUCCUUGAAGAAGACCGUACGUAAGGAUACAGGACCGUUUAAAGAUCAUGAAAUUGGCGGUGCAAGCUUGGAUCGGAAGUACUUGAAGUUCCUGGGCGCCAGGAAUCAGAAUAUGCCCGUCCCAACGGCACAAUUCCGAAGUUACAGACGAGUGCUGCCCACGUCGACGUCCAACAAAAAAGAAGAUUCCAACUCGAACUCGCCCGAUCUGCAAAUGACCAUCGCGGGCAGUACAUUUUAUGGGUUGAGCGCGUCUCAAAGCGCCACGGACAUGUCAAGUUCGUCCAACAACCAAGACAUGGGUGAUUACCGGCGUGCUACAGAUAGAUCCGUCAACAAUCGUAUUAGAAGACCGGAUGAUCUGCAGGGCUUCAUCACGCUGGAAGAGUUCAUGUUGUCGCAACAGGACGACGAUCAACGGCAGAGCACGAUGAACAGAUCGGUGUCACCGCGUGCUACGCCUCUGACUAGCGAUCACGUUCACGUGCAACACAGAAAUUUUAACGACAACGCCGUGUACAGCGAGCAGAGCAGACAGCUGAUCGACAUAUCCCUGAACAACGACUUCGGCGGUAUUUACGGCAGGGCGAACGACGAUAUAUUGAACAACAGCACCGUGUAUGCCCACUCGAGGAACACGAAUGCGCACGUGCAAGCAACGCGUCAACUCAGCGCAGAUAGCUUUAUCGCGGUCCGAUCUGAGGGCAAUUGCGCAAACGAUAAAUUUUGCAGCAAGUGCACGACAGUCGGGCAGAAAAGGAUGUGGGACACCUCUGCCAGCACCGCGCCGAAGCGAAGGACGCAAGAAUUGGCGAACAUUCAGCAGGCUAAGCACGGCGAUUCGAUUCAUUGGAGAAGCGUAACGAAUCCGAAUAAGCAGGACUCUUCCCAUAAUAGAGGCUACGAGCACAACGUGCACGGACAAUAUUCUAAUCACGAAAGCCAUAAGACACACGAUUAUCUUCCUUCGAGAGACGUCGGCUAUUCUGGAUCCAGCAGCGACCUCGCGAGUCACACAUCCUCCGAGACGCUGCAACGUGCGAAGAAGGAAGUAUUGAUCAAUCGAAAAGGCAGUUUCAAUCUCACUCGUAAUCACGAUUACAAUUCCACGGAUAAGCACUGGUUGGAUUCAUUGAGGCGCGGCGACAAGAAAAGCUCGAGCUGCGAGAAGAAUCGUCUGAAGAACGUCGCGCAGUAUCAGCCGCCGCCGAUACCGACAUCGCCCUUUGAACAGGACGGCAUGAGAGCUGCGUUUGAGAUGCACCUGGACAAGGGCGAUCAGGUGCAGAAAGCGAGUCGUUUGAAGAGCCUGUUCGGUACCAAGCAGCAAAAGCCGUGUACGUUGGAUCUCCCGAAAGAUACUCAGAAAACGAUAUUAGGUUCGCCGCGGUUACACAGAGCGCUGUUCCGGGACAAGUGUUCCAAUCAAUCGCAGCACCGAUUGUCCGCUCGUUCCAGCAGCCAGAGCCCCGGCGAUAGCGGAAUCAGUCAGUCUCACAGUUCGUUCAACAGUCCUUCCCAGACGCUCAGUCAUAGUUUUAGUUCGGUCAGUUCGGCCAGUGACUGGAGUCCAGAUGCAUCAACGCCCUCGAACAUAUCAAAAUAUGGCAGCGGUUACCCGCCUGGCCACAAGGGUCUUCCCAAUAAUUCCGGCAGGAGCACAUUGGCACCUCCAACGUUACCGUACAUACCGCCACCGACGUCUCCACCGCCCGAUUAUCCUGGCUUAGAGUACCCGCCGGUAUUCGAGCCCGGUACUUACUCCCUUUCGGACGCGUCGCUGCUACGCAAUCGCGGUAAAAAUAGUCAGAACACAACCCAAUAACGAGAAACGAGCCAAAUUCAUCUCUCCAACAAUGCAACCAAAGAUAAUAAUUUCUUUCUAUCAACGUAUUAUAAACACCCUAACGAAAAGGUACAGUUGAAUUUAUACCAUACGAAACUCUCUGUGUAGCUAGAGUUAGUAUUCUGCCAUAAAGUAUUCCGAGGUAACCGUCCAUUUUCGUGGUUCCACAGAUGGUAAUAAGCAUAUUCAUAUAGUUAUCGAAAUUACGAAGAGUUUAUAAGAGUUUAUUUUCCUCCAAAGUUAUGCUAAAAUGAAAUGUAUUUUGCAAAGAGUCGAAGAGCCGAGUAUAGCAACAUGGAAGACUGAACUAAAUGUUAUUUGAAUAAUCGUCUGUUAGUAGAAGUAGGAAAAUUUGUGCCCUUUCGAAAUUUUGUUUUCCAUCGAUUCGAAUCGAUUCGAAAUAGGAAUUCUAUCUUGUUAUAAUUGUAUGAAGUAUUUUGUUAAAAAUGCAUCCUGAUAUGAUACCUUCGUAGCUUCCGAGCAAUUUAGAAAUUCAUAAAUUUCGCGCUUAGUACUUGCUUAAGACUCAUAAAAGCAAUAACUGUGGCUAUAAUAGUAGCAAUAUCUUUUUUGAUAUUGAUUCUCAUCGAUUAUUCUACAGAGAUCAUAUAGCACGUAACAAGUAAGGAACGAUGAAUUUAUUAACACAUUUGUAUAUUUCGAUAAUGAUGAGAGAUAUAGUGUUAUAUCUACUUAUUAAUAUUACUAUAAAAAGAUAUAUAUUUCGUAAUAUAUGUCUUUUUAUUUUUGACUAUUUAUAUAAAAUACGGCGUAUUGUUUUUUUAAUGAUUUACAUACACAGUAAAAGUUAUAUAAUCUUGUAUAUAUUUAUAGUGCAGACGAGGAACAUUCUUGUUUGAUAGGGAAUAGUCAAUUACUACGGAAUAUGUAGAGGGAGAGUAUAAUUGAAGCUGUUUCGCUGCAUAAGACAUAUAAAUUUAUAAUUUUGUUUAAAUUAUUUUAUACUGUUGUAUAACGAGAGAAAAAUGUUAUAAUCGGUUAGAGAUUAUAUCAAAAUUCUAUUGUACUUUAAGUAUUAUAGUAUUUUUCAACUUUGUGACUUUGUUCACUGUGUAGAAAUUACAAUAUUAAAAUAUUCUUAAAAUAUUCUUUUAUAUAUUAGAGCGAUACAUUUUGUGACUAGAAACCUAGAUAUUUUAAAUGAUUUUCGACGUUAUAAACAAUUGAUAAGAAUAUUUCUUACAUUUUUAGAAACAUAUAGUAUGCCUAAUUUUAUAAUUAUAUUAAUAUAUUCUAUAGAAGACGCGCGCGCGCGAUGCGCGUUGAAGUGCCUGUAUAUCUUUUCUAAAUACGUGUUAUUAUUCACGCAAGUGAUAAGAACGGUAUAUUUUUUAAGAGAUUAUGAUUGUAUAGACAUCUUUGUACAUAAUAAGAUUUCUAUUUCUUUCUUUCCAUGUCUCUUGCUAUGAGAUUUUAUCCGAUAUUUUAAUUAAUAUAUGUUAAUUAUAAUUUACGCUCACUGAGAAAGUAUUACGAAAGCUAAACAAAAUUAAAUUCGAAAAAUGCGUCGACUUUUAUUUAUAUUUUGUAUCUAUUUGAACGCUUCGUUUACUCUUACGUUAAUACUUUGUUAGAAGUAAGUAUUGCACAAACUAACUCAAUUUUUUCAUAAUGAAAAUCGACUGUGUGCACACUAUUGCGAGAUGCAGACUAUAGGAUAUCGUACACUUUGUGUGAAAACUGGCAUUUAAUAAAUUAUUAUGACACCCGUUAGAUUUA